AUGGACACCUCUUUUUUAAUCGCCUUCUUGAAGGCUUCCGAAAACAUCCAAGAUGGCCAAGUGAUGUUGAUUGGAAAGGCGAACGCCGAUAGCAAAGCAGAUUUGGACAACUGGCUCAUAAAAGUUAUUCAAUCCGACUUUAGGGAAGCAUCGAAAGUUUUAGAAGUACAGUUACAUUCAAAAGAUGGAAGUACUUUACCAAAACAUGAUCCCAACGAUGCUGGCCUCGAAAAAUUGAUUGUUGCUUCGCACACAAGCUUGGCUGCUGCUGCCAUUCCAGCUGUGACCUUACCCAUUGAUGAACGCUCAAUAAUUGAAAUCCUUGACGACUCCGUGGACGACGAGACGGAAACAGAUGAGACAGAGUUAAACAGAGACAUAGUUGCGUCAAUGCCAUCUGCCGAGAUCCAGCGCCUUCGGCAAGUGAAAAUCACCAAGGUAGCAUCGGACGAAGAAGAGGUGGAUCAAGAAUUCUCUCAGAUGCAACAGCAAAUGAUGUCUCUCUAUGAGGAAUAG